GACCACCGCCCAACCCCUGCCUCGCGGCGAAAUCAUCCAGCAGCUCGACGGCACCUACGAGCUCUUCCCCCUAUCCACCGACCAGGACACCCUCUACGGCAUUCUCACCGACUGCCUCGCCGAGUGGGAGAACAUCCGCAUGGGCCUGCUGAUCCCCGGCGCCGUCUGGGAGAUCAAGCCGCCGCGCCAACCCCAUAUCGGCUUCCUCGACGGCUACCUCACCGUCGAUUUCGAGGAGUGGCACCUGCACCUGUGCAUCGGCGAGCACGCGUCGGCUCCGCCCGAGGUGGCCCGCCUGCGCCGCACCGCCCGCGCCGAGCUCUACCGCCGCCUGAACCCCGACCACCAGCCCACAUCCUGGGGCUUGCGCCUCUUCAACGGCGGCGGCCUGCAGCAGAUCACCGUGCUUCUCCCCAACCCUCACCUUGACGAACACCAGAACUACGAGCAGCAGCCCGACUGGAGCCGGCUGUACCUUUGGGACCGCCUCCGCGGGAAGUACCUGGCGCAAGGCGAGGACCCGACGGACCGGACAGCGGCGGGGUUUUGGCACGGGUGACAA